GAAACAAUUGGAGUCCCACAUGUUGAAGACCACUGCUGGCACUACUAUGGGGACUGGGGAUGUAUGUGAUCUGUAGCACAGAUCAGGCGGAACCUUGUGUGUGCGGAACCUUUAUCCCGUGAACAGCGAGCACAUGGGGGAAGGGAAGAAAAUAAGCGGCGGACCAUUAACAAACUCGGCUGCUUGGAGUGACCGGUUCUUCCUGGUUUCCAUGCUGGCCCCGGUUGACGGUAGCUUCUGAUUGGCCGGCUCCUAGGGGCCCCUCCCCUCAUUCCCGCCCCUUGUCUCUGGAGCAGCAUGCUGUUUCUCAGUACUGGUCUGUAGAGCCGCUCUUGUGGAGACCCUCAGCGGCGUGUGGAAGGGGGCCAGCGGCCGGGGACCCGUCAUGGAGAAGAUGGCGAGGGUCACCACGGCCCUGGGCGGUAACACCCUGACCGGACGCACCAUGUUCUGCCACCUGGACGCCCCCGCCAACGCCAUCAGCGUCUGCCGCGACGCCACCCAGGUGGUGGUGGCCGGGCGCAACAUCUUCAAGAUCUACUCCAUGGAGGACGACCACUUUGCGGAGAAGCUGAACCUGAGAGUUGGACGCAAGCCGUCUCUCAACUUCAGCUGCGCCGACGUGGUGUGGCACCAGAUGGACGAGAAUCUGCUGGCCACGGCCGCCACCAAUGGCGUGGUGGUGACCUGGAACCUGGGCAAACCCUCCCGGAACAAGCAGGACCAGCUCUUCACCGAGCACAAGAGGACGGUCAACAAGGUCUGCUUCCACCCCACCGAGGUCUACAUGCUGCUCAGCGGAUCCCAGGACGGCUUCAUGAAAUGCUUCGACCUCCGCAAGAAGGACUCCGUCAGCACCUUCUCAGGUCAGUCAGAGAGCGUGAGGGACGUCCAGUUCAGUAUCCGCGACUACUUCACCUUUGCUGCAACCUUUGAGAAUGGAAACGUCCAGCUCUGGGACAUCCGGCGGCCGGACCGCUUCGAGCGCAUGUUCACCGCCCACAAUGGCCCGGUCUUCUGCUGUGACUGGCACCCCGAGGAUAGAGGGUGGCUGGCCACAGGCGGUCGUGAUAAGAUGGUGAAGGUGUGGGACAUGAACACCAACAGGGCCAAAGAAAUCUACUGUGUCCAGACGAUCGCCUCCGUGGCCCGCGUGAAGUGGCGCCCUGAGAGGAAGUACCACAUAGGGACGUGCUCCAUGAUGGUGGACCAUAACAUCUACGUGUGGGACGUGCGCCGCCCGUUCAUACCUUUUGCCACCUUUGAAGAACACAAGGACGUGACGACGGGCAUCGUCUGGCGUCACCUACACGACCCGUACUUCCUUCUCUCGGGGUCUAAGGACAGCACAUUGUACCAGCACAUCUUCAGAGACGCCCGCCGGCCCAUAGACCGCGCCAAUCCUGAAGGCCUCUGCUAUGGACUCUUUGGCGACUUGGCCUUUGCGGCCAAGGAAAGUCUGAUCUCCUCCUCCUCAUCCUCCCAUGACUCCAAUAGGAAACCCUACGACAGGCGUCACCCAAUCUUCUUCCUAAGGAAGCAGGACCCCAUGGAGCAGUUUGAGAAUAUCUCCAGCGGGCUGAUGGUGUUUGAGGCGGGCGGUGGGGACAUGGGCUGGUUUGUGGCUACGGCGGAGCGGUACGCCCUGGCUGGAAAACCACUGGCGGAACUGUGUGACCACAAUGCCAAGGUGGCCAGAGAACUGAACAGAUGGCAGGUCGCUCAAACAUGGACAAUGCUGGGAAUCAUCUACUGCAGCGCGGGCACUGUGCCCCCGACCAAUCUCAACCAUAGCUUGGGCAAAAGUGCCAACUCCAUGCCCCUUCUGAACAGCUACAACCUGAAGGAUCUGCCCCCGGGGAUGGGCAGCGAGGCCCGACUGGAGCACAGUAAAGGGGACAGCCGGGCGGACAGCAUUCUCAUGGACUCUGCCGCCAUUAACAAUGAUGAGAACGAGGAGACCGAGGGCAGUGACGUUCCAGCCGACUACCUCCUGGGGGACGUGGAGGGGGACGAGGACGAGCUGUAUCUGGUGGACCACGACAAUCCACACACUGAGGAGCAGGAGUACGUCCUCCCCCAGGAAGGUUUUCCUCUGCGCCAUGAGAUCACAGACAAUCCCUCCGCUCUGGAUCAUCUGCAGGAUAAGGCGGACUCUCCCCAUGUGAGCGGCAAUGAGGCGGAGACUGUGUCCCUGACACCGGUGGAGUCUUUCUCCCUCAUCUCUAUCUCCCAUGCCUUGUACGAGAACCGGCUGCCCUCGGACUUCUUUAACCCCACGGUGCGGGACAUGUUGUGUUACUAUGCAGAGCAGGGAGACGUACAGAUGGCGGCCUCCGUCCUCAUCGUGCUGGGGGAUCGAAUCCGCAAGGAGAUAGAUGAACAGAUGCAGGAGCACUGGUUCACCUCGUACAUCGAUCUCCUCCAGCGCUUUAAGCUUUGGAACGUCUCCAACCAGGUGAUAAAGCUGAGCACGUGCAGCGCCAUCAACUGCAUGAACCAGGCGUCCACCACCCUGCACAUCAACUGCAGCAACUGCAAGCGGCCAAUGAGCAACAAGGGCUGGAUCUGUGACCGGUGCCGGCAGUGCGCCAGUAUGUGUGCGGUGUGCCACCAUGUGGUGAAGGGUCUCUUUGUCUGGUGCCAGGGCUGCGGGCACGGCGGGCACCUCCAGCACAUUAUGAACUGGAUGCAGACGAACUCCCACUGUCCGGCCGGCUGCGGCCACCCCUGUGAAUACAGCUGAACAUAGGAUUUGUAUACAGCGCCCCCUGGUGUGUGUUGGCAGCAUUCCAAUGGAGAUACUCAUCCUCCUCUAUUUUACGUUUUAUUGACCCCCCCCCCCCCGCUCUGAUUUGAAGAUUAUUUUUUUUAUAAAGUCCCAGCCCGGAUGAUGGAGGUCCUGAACGACCCGCUGCUGCUCUCCGACAGUAAUGCCCCCCCCCCCCCGACCUCUCAGAGUUCUCCUUUAAGUUGACUUUAUCUCCAGUAUUUUUAUAUUCCGUACAUCAGUUUUAUGUUGACCUUUUUUUUGCUCCCUGUAAAGUGAUGUCCCCCCCCCCCCUCCCCCGUUUUACCAAUCACUUGUCCCUAUGGCCG